GCUUUCCAGGCUAGUGGCGGUGGCGCCGUGAUCCCGGGAGCCGGAGCGCCCUCCAGGCCGCCUGCCGCUCCUCUGCCCCCGGCCGUCGCUGUGGAGUUCCGUCUUCUCUUGUCGGCUCGCCGAUGUCCGAGGAGAAGGCCAGCAGCCCUUCAGGGAAGAUGGGAGGCGAGGAGAAGCCGGUGGGUGCCCGCCAGGAGAGGCACAAGGAAGACGGCAAGAAGAAGAGCAAAGAAGGGUCUGGAGAUGGAGGGCGCACGGAGUUGAAUCCUUGGCCUGAAUAUAUUAACUCGCGUCUUGAGAUGUAUACUAAACUAAAAGCAGAACACGAUGCCAUUCUGGCAGAAAAAGCAGAAAAGGCGAGCAAGCCCAUUACAGUCACUCUGCCGGAUGGUAAACAGGUGGCCGGGGAGUCCUGGAGAACGACGCCCUAUCAGAUCGCUUGUGGCAUCAGUCAAGGCCUGGCGGACAACACUGUUAUUGCGAAAGUGAAUAAAGCUGUCUGGGACCUAGACCGUCCUCUGGAGGAAGAUUGUACCCUGGAGCUUCUCAAGUUUGAAGAUGAAGAAGCUCAGGCAGUAUAUUGGCACUCGAGUGCCCAUAUUAUGGGUGAAGCCAUGGAAAGAGUCUAUGGAGGAUGUUUAUGUUAUGGUCCACCAAUAGAAAAUGGAUUCUAUUAUGACAUGUACCUUGAGGAAGGGGGUGUGUCCAGCAAUGAUUUCUCCUCUUUAGAGACUUUAUGUAAGAAAAUCAUUAAGGAAAAACAAGCUUUUGAAAGAUUGGAAGUUAAGAAGGAAACUUUAUUGGAAAUGUUUAAGUACAACAAGUUCAAAUGUCGGAUAUUGAAUGAAAAGGUGAAUACUCCAACUACCACAGUCUACAGGUGUGGCCCCUUGAUAGAUCUCUGCCGGGGUCCUCAUGUCAGACACACUGGCAAAAUUAAGACUUUGAAGAUACACAAAAAUUCCUCCACAUACUGGGAGGGAAAAGCCGAUAUGGAGACUCUCCAGAGGAUUUAUGGCAUUUCAUUCCCAGAUCCUAAGCUGCUGAAAGAGUGGGAGAAGUUCCAAGAGGAGGCUAAAAACCGAGAUCAUAGGAAAAUUGGGAGGGACCAGGAGCUGUACUUCUUCCAUGAGCUCAGCCCGGGGAGUUGCUUUUUCCUGCCGAAGGGAGCGCACAUUUAUAACACGCUUAUCGAGUUCCUCAGGAGUGAGUAUAGGAAACGAGGAUUCCAGGAGGUGGUCACCCCAAACAUCUUCAACAGCCGGCUGUGGGUGACCUCGGGCCACUGGCAGCACUACAGCGACAACAUGUUCUCCUUCGAGGUGGAGAAGGAGCAGUUCGCGCUGAAGCCCAUGAACUGCCCGGGCCACUGCCUCAUGUUCGACCACCGCCCGAGGUCCUGGCGAGAGCUGCCUCUGCGGCUCGCCGACUUCGGGGUGCUGCACAGGAACGAGCUGUCGGGGGCGCUCACGGGCCUCACGCGGGUGCGGAGGUUCCAGCAGGACGACGCGCACAUAUUCUGCGCCAUGGAGCAGAUCGAGGAAGAAAUAAAAGGCUGUUUGGAUUUUCUGCGUACAGUGUACAGCAUAUUUGGGUUUUCUUUUAAACUGAACCUCUCUACUCGGCCGGAGAAAUUCCUUGGAGAUAUUGAAGUCUGGAAUCAAGCUGAGAAGCAACUUGAAAACAGCCUGAAUGAAUUUGGUGAAAAGUGGGAGUUAAACCCUGGAGACGGAGCUUUCUAUGGUCCAAAGAUUGACAUACAGAUUAAGGACGCCAUUGGGCGGUACCACCAGUGUGCAACCAUCCAGCUGGAUUUCCAGUUGCCCAUCCGAUUCAAUCUGACCUUUGUGAGUCAUGAUGGAGAUGAUAAGAAAAGGCCAGUGAUUAUCCAUAGAGCCAUCUUGGGAUCCGUGGAAAGAAUGAUUGCCAUCCUCACUGAAAACUAUGGGGGCAAAUGGCCCUUCUGGCUGUCUCCUCGCCAGGUAAUGGUAGUUCCAGUGGGACCAACGUGUGAUGAAUAUGCCCAAAAGGUGCGGCAACAAUUCCAUGAUGCUAAAAUCAUGGUGGACAUCGACCUGGAUCCGGGCUGUACAUUAAAUAAGAAGAUCAGAAACGCACAGUUAGCACAAUAUAACUUCAUCCUGGUUGUCGGUGAAAAGGAGAAAGCCAGCGGCACCGUUAACAUCCGCACGAGAGAUAACAAGGUUCACGGAGAACGCACUGUCUCCGAAACGGUGGCGCGGCUGCAGCAGCUGCAGCAGGCCCGCAGCAGGCAGGCCGAGGAGGAGUUCUGAGGACGGCCCGGUGGGCCCAGCGGGGGGGCGCGGUGUGUCCGUGUGCCCACUCCCUCUGUGCUCCGGAAGGCGUUGGUUUGUCCUGAACUUGGAACCGUGUGGCAGAGUCUACGGAGGCAACUACAGGGGAGGAACCUGUUUUGACCUCGACAGGUUUUAGAUGAUGUGUAUCUGCUGGAGAUAAUUAAAAGAGACUCUUUUAAAUGAUUUUAUUCAUUAAUUACCUGAGCACUGGAAAUAAACCACAAGGAAUGCUUUAGUGUGAUGAGGGAGAACAUUUUUUGUAAAUUUAAUGCAGUUGAAAGAUAGAAGUUUUCAAAUUUGAUUCGGGUAAAAAAGAUGAUAACUGGAUUAUGGCAUAAAAAUAAAAACUUUAACUCAUGUAAAUUUCAAGACUUCUGACCGUCACAUACCUCCUACCCGGAACAGAUUGCAUGAUUCAAGAUUCAUCUUUCAUGUUGGAUAGCAAACGUGUUAGGUGGGUGAGGGGAGCGGGUCGCCAGUGUGUGUGGUCUGGAGCUGGGCCGUGAGCGAGAGCCUGCGUCCCGGUGACAGGAUGGCAUCUUGAGGAGCACCGCUCUGACUCAGCUUCUCUGGACAUAGACCUUUUAAUCAGUUAAAGCCAGCCAUGGGUCUAAUGGAGAGGAUUUGCACAGGUUUUUAAGACACAUUCGCUAAAGGAAUCUAUGUUUAUGGCACACUGUUUUGGGCCAUUCAGUCCCUUGUUAAUACAAAUUCCCAAUUCUCUCUCAGGAUAAUUUUUGAAUUUCUCAAUCAGUGAAUGAUGAGUGCUAGAACACCACAAAAUAAGGAAUUUCUUAUGUAGAUAGAUAGGAAUCUCUAAUCACUUUUAAAAGGCAACGUCUUGGCAGUUUCUAAUAUCCCAAUAGGGUGUUAGAAAGCAAAGCCAAUUUGCAUAGGUUACUCCUCACUUUCACACGGGAGAUAGGAUCUUAAUCAGGGAUUUGGGGAAAUCCUGUAAUAAAGCCUUGCUUCUGUCUUAAGACUUAGCCUUCCAUGGGUUUGUAAUUACUUUUUAUGUAUGUCUUGAGGGAAACUGUAUUUAAACCAAGUCACAAUACUAACGUCAAGAUCAUAUUACAUAUUUAAUUUGUAGUCCAAAGACCAACUAUGGUUUUAACUUUUGGUAUAACAAAUGUGUAACAUAGAUUUUUCUUACCUAUUUUAUACUAAGAGCAAUGAAUGGCUUACACAGUGUAUUAACGGUGUACAUGCGACCAUUGCAGAAGCUUUAUAGAUCUUUCAGAACUUUAAAGAUACAAAAGUUAUUGAAGACAUAGGUCGGCAGAACCGCGAGCAGAAGAAUCCUCCCUUAGCCUAGUCCUUCUUCCCGGGAACCUCAGGGCACCGCCCGUCAGGGCUCUUACAACCUGCAGGCGGGCUUGUCCCAUCAAAGCUCUCUUCUCUGGGCUGUUGGGCUUGCUUUUUCGUCCCCUUUCUGGAGGCAGAGGCUGUCCUAGUUACUGACUUACUCACCUGUUCUGUUCAGGUAAACGACAUAACAACGGAAAGACCAACUGCUCAGCCUCUAGGAGCGUCUAGUCUGUUGAGAGUCAGCUUGGUAAUCAGAUAUACAGGAACGAUUGGAGAACAAUGACAAGAAGUUGCAACCACCGUGUGAUAAAUUCUGUAAAGACAGAUUUGUGAAGUCAGAAAUAGGUGCCCCACACAAAGUAGUUACCAAAAUGUACGGAACAGGUCAGGAGGAUGGAGCAGUAGGUUAAGCAGUACAGGCGAGUGACAGGGUGAGGGACCUGGAACAGUGACCUGAGGUCACACCUGAAACCCCGGUCACCAUGUGCCCAGUGACCCCUUGCUUCCCUUCCUCACGUUUACUACGGCGAUGGGCACCGGCCCGGGCACCGGGACUGCUGGGCCAGCGCUUCCAAGUGCACUGGGCGUAGAGGUGGGAAACGCAGACCCUCGUUCUGCAGGUCUGGGCUGGGUCUCAAGAUUCUGCACCCAACAAGCUGAGGAGAUGCUGAGGAGCACACCGUGGGGAGAAGGCUCAUUUCCCACUCUGCCUUGCCUUCUCUCUCCUCUCCUGCCUUAAAAAAAAUCAAAUAGUAAUAAAAGGCUCACAAGAAGAGCAGCUCUUGUCCUGGUGACCCUCUGGGUACCAUCCCCAGGCCAUGCUGGUGCGUGCCUCAUGCCAUGCCGGCGUGUGCCUGGAGCCAUGCUGGCGUGUGCCUGGAGCCAUGCUGGCGUGUGCCUCAUGCCAUGCUGAUAUGUGCCUCUGCUCUGGUUCUUGACUCCUCACUGUCGGAGCUGCUGCAUUGACCCAGCAGAGGAGGGUGUCAGUCACACCCUCAUUGCCCCUCCAUGUUUCUGGUCUCUCCGCUUUCUGUUAGAUCCAUCCCAGUGUCCUUGUCACUAUGUCCGUGAACAGGCUCUCAGUUACUGGUAAGUAGUACCCUAUGAUUUCUCCUAGUACUUUUUAGACCUAAAAAUGAUCCCUUUUAACAAACAUUGUAAUGGCUAUGCACCGGCCAGGGGGAAGGAGGGUACUGGAAAUGUCAGGGGACCACUCUGUGAAGUGUAUGUCUAUGGUGUGCACCUGGAACUAAUGCAGAAUAAUAUCGAAUGUGAACUAUGAAAAAAAGUGGGAAAUUGUAUGUUAUAUGUUUUUCAUCACAAUAAAAAAUAACUUGUUUGAA